AUGGCCCCCUCAUUGAUAACACCCGUCUCCAGCGCCGAAGAGACAACUGCUAGCAAAGUGACAAUCAGCAAAUUCACACCUCCAUCCUACGCCAGCAACGCCCAAACCCGGGAGUAUGCAGAAUCUCUCGAUAGAACUGACCCUUUGAGUGCUUUCAGGGAGAAAUUCAUCAUCCCUUCAAAAGCGAACUUGAAAGCCACCAAAUUGGCAAAACCAGGGCUUUCGCAAGAUGAGAGUAUUUAUUUCUGUGGAAAUUCUUUAGGGCUUCAGCCCCGCGCUACGAGUAAAUAUCUAGAAGCUCAGCUGGACACAUGGUCUUCGAUUGGAGUUCUUGGUCAUUUCAGAGAUCUUGAGGAUUCGCCGUUGACGUCAUGGCAGCUGCUGGCUGAGCAAGCUGCAGGCGACAUGGCAAGGAUUGUUGGCGCGAAUCCGGAAGAGGUUGCGGCUAUGGGGACGUUGACUGCGAAUUUGCACAUGUUGCUGGCCAGCUUUUAUAAGCCGACGGAGAGCAGGCAUAAGGUUUUGUUGGAUUGGAAGGCUUUUCCUAGUGAUCAUUAUGCGAUCGAGUCCCAAAUUGAGUGGCACGGCCUAAACCCCAAGGAUUCGAUGGUCUUGAUUGGUCCCGAUGAGGGCGAAUAUGUCAUUUCAACCGAGAAGAUUCUGUCAGUUAUUGAUGAGCAUGCCUCAGAAACCGCAUUGCUGUUACUCCCCGGUAUCCAGUACUACAGUGGACAGUAUUUUGAUAUCCCCACAAUCACCAAGCAUGCCCAGUCUCGCGGUAUCGUGGUGGGUUGGGAUCUGGCACAUGCCUAUGCCAAUGUCGAUGUUAAAUUGCACGAUUGGAAUGUCGACUUUGCUGCAUGGUGUACAUACAAGUAUGGAAAUGCCGGUCCAGGAGCAAUUGGUGGUAUUUUCGUACAUGAGCGACAUGGUGUUGUAGACUAUAGCCAGGGAGAGGACAAGCCAGUGUUCCGUCACCGCUUGACUGGUUGGUAUGGAGGUGAUCGAUCAGUAAGAUUCAAAAUGGACAAUAAAUUCAAACCAAUCCCUGGCGCUGGCGGCUUCCAGGUUUCAAACCCAUCUGCUAUCGACUUGGCUGCUUUGUGCUCCUCUCUAUCGGUAUUCAAUAAAACUUCCAUAGCACAGAUUCGAGCCAAGUCUUUAAGAUUGACACAUUAUCUCGAAUAUUUGUUGCUUGCCGGAACAACGGACGAAACGAGGAAGUUCCGUAUUAUUACUCCCUCAGACCCCAAUGCCAGAGGUGCUCAAUUGAGCUUGUUGCUCAAUCCAGGCCUUCUCGAUAAGGUCGCUCAACGAUUGGAAGAUGCUGGUAUCAUUUGCGACAAGAGACAGCCAGAUGUUGUACGAGUAGCUCCUGCACCGUUAUACAACACUUUCACAGAGGUGUGGAUAUUUGUAAAUGAGCUAAAAACAGCUAUUGCAUAG